CUUGACGGAGGCGUCCACUUCGACCUUGCCCUUCGGAAACCCAGCAUAAUGUUGACUACCCUCACUCGUCGGGUAGCUUCCCUGUCGGUCCAGCGCACAGAAAGAGUACGGGAGGAUACGUCGAUAUUGGAAGACGGACAGACUCUUUAUCGGCUUUCGUGCCGGCUCCCGCAUGUCCCCGAACAAGACCGAGUCUCUGUUUUCCUGCUGUACUUUUCAUUCCCUGCCGCUCGUGCCUUUUCGGCCAAGCCCGACUUGAGCCCCGGUGAGAAUGUGAUCGUUCCUUUGAUUGCCAACUCGUUGGAAUUCUGCCUUUCGAGUCCUCCGCCGCUCCAUCAGUUCAAUGAAGCACCGCUUGUAGUUGAAACGGAGCAUCUGGAGCUAUUCCCUGGGAAAGAAGCGGAGGAAGUAUUGGCGAUGCAGGGACACGAAGUUACCGACAUUAUUGGAAAGGAAAAAUGGGUCAAGAACGAUCCCGAGAAGUACGAGGGCUUGAUUCCGCAGAACGAGGAGUGGACUGAGUUUGUCGAUGAGAAGACGGGCGAAUGGGUCUAUCUUGACGAAUAUGGCAAUCGUGUGGACAAAGCCUGAUUCGUUCUGAGACUUCGGGAAGGGCGAGUUUGUGCUUAGAUAUCUUUUACAGUUAAAGUACUCUUACUUGUUCAAGGUAGAAUAUGAGACAACUUUCUAGUGUAAGUUGGAGAACAUAAAGAAUCACAAUUUUUUAAUAGCUUACAGUGAUCAAUAUAACUGAGUCACUCCCAAGAAAAUAAUGAUAGCCCUUGAUGUUUU